GGGACUAAUUCCUGAGUUAGAAAAUCAUCAGGAAAUUAACGGUAUAAUUCUGUAAUUUGAUUUUUAAACAUUUCUGUGACUUUUCUUCCUUUUUUCACAUUCUUUAUUUUCCAUUUCAUAAUUCCAAAGUCAAAUUGUUUUUCAAAUGUUGGUUAUUAAUUAUGAAUAAAGGUGUUGUGGAACGUGGGUGUUGGGUGUUAAAUAAUUGGUGUUUGAGUAGUGGUUGUUUUUGGGAUUUUAUAGAGGAUUUUGAUGUUAUUGUUGGUGGUAUUUGGUGGUGAAUGUUGGUGGUUGUUGGAGAAUUUUGGUGUUGGCUCAUGAUGAUGGUGUUAGAUGGAGAAUGUUGGUGUUGGAUGAAAAAUGUUGGCUUUUAAUUGUAAGUCAUGGCUGGUGUUUAAUGGAGAGUGUUGGUGUUUAAAAGAGCUUGGUGGUAUCUGGUGGUGAAUAUUGGUGGUUGCUGAAAAGUUUUGGUGUUUAAAAAUAAACAAUGGUGUUUGAUGGAGAAUGUUUGUGAAUGAUGGUAAAUGAUGGUCUUUUAUAGUGAAUGGUAGCGUUUAAUGGAGAACGUUGGUGUUUUAUGGUGAAUAUCGGUAAUUUGUUAAGAAUUGUGGUGUUGAACCAUGCUGUUAGAUAUGAAAAUGUUGGUGUUGAUGGAAAAUGAUGGUGUUUGAUGUAGAAAGUUGGUGUUUAAAAAGAUUGGUGGUAUUUCGUGGUGAAUAUUGGUGGUUGUUUGAGAAUUUUGGUGUUCACUCAUGAUGUUAGAUAUAAGAAUGUUGGGGUUUAAUGAUGAAUGUUGGUGUUCAAUGGAAAAUAUUGGUGAUUUAAGAUGAAUGUUGGUGGUUGAUGGAGAAUGUUGGUGAUUUAAGAUGAAUGCUUGUGGUUGGUGGAGAAUGUAGGUGUUAAACCAUGAUGGUAAAUAUGAGAAUACAUAAUGAGAAUGUUUGAUGGAGAAUUUUAGUGUUUGAUUGUAAAUGUUAGUUUUUAAUUAUAUAGGAUGGUGUUUAAUAGAGAUUGGUAGUAUUUAGUGGUGGAAUUUGGUGGUUGUUGGAGAUUGUUCGUGUUGAAUCAUGAUGUCAGAUGUGAGAAAUUUGGUAUUUAAUAAUAAAUGAUGGUGUUUGGUAGAGAAUGUUGGGUUUGUAAAGCAAAUUUUGGGUUUAUGGAAGAUCUGAAUGAUGUGUUUUGAUCCAGAUGUUUGGCUUUCCGUACAGAAUUCUAAUGAUCGGUGGACUGGAUCGGAUCAGGACUUGAUGCAGAUUUUGCCUUUCAUGAAUAAUGUUGAAGAAGGCAGUGUUACGAUACCUGCUGGAUGAGAUGGGGGUAUGGGUGUCCUGGUCGGGGUUGAGGUGUAACUGGUGAAGACUUUGAGUAUGAGUUGAUUUGUAUGAUAUAUUUAUAUUUGAUAUUUAUGUGCUACAUGGUUUACAUCCAUGCAUUUUUGCUUUAUUUCAAUGCAUUGUGCAUGUAUAUUUCUCUUAUUUGUAAUGCAUUAAACUUGAAACAAUACUUUGUAGAGAAAAAAGGUACCCAGCAUGCCCAGUUGAUGUAACCACCCUAGCAACAAGAACAGGAACAAAUGCAGAUUGGUACAGUAAGUUCUGAGACUGUAUCAUCUAUGCAACGCUGCAAAGCUUAGCAAAUCAGCCAGUGCUUCCGGUGCUCCGUUUUCACCGAUUUCUUCAUUCCUGCUGUUUCUUUUCCAGGUCGGGUCUCCUUUAAGUAUCCGCCAGAGUGCAUUAAUUAAAAACCCCGAAAAGCCUUGCGCUUUUUUGCCCCCACCCGAGUCCCGUUGCUCAACCGGAGAGGUCCGCGAUGGCAGCUCGGUGCACGAGUUCGCACCGGGAGGGAGCGCGAGGAGAACGCGAGCAUCUCUCCGCCACCGCAGCAUCGCCUCCAUCGCGCGCGCGUCCGACAUCCUGCGUGAUGAUGCGGGGUUUACCGUAGACUUGUGCGCAUUUGUUCUUUCUUUCUUUCGUUGUCAAUCUUUUUGCGUAUGAAUGCAUGCAUGCAUCGGCGUCGUGGCGUUCAAUCCAUCCUGUUUACCUUGGAAUGAGAGCAAGGGCAUCAUGGUGCGCAUCCUCAGCGCCCUGGGCUUGGUCAUGUUCAGCGUGGCUCUGCUCAUCCUCUCACUCAUCAGCUACGUGUCCAUAAAGAAGGACGCCAUCUUCACGGCCCCCAAGUAUCCGAUCGGCGGCGGCGGCGGCGGGCCGCGGAUGUACAUGUUCCACACGGGCUUCAGAUCCCAACUGGCAAUGAAGUUUCUUGACCCAGCAUUUACACCCCUGAACAAUGCCCUGAAUGAGAACCUACAGGAGAAUUCGUCGAAGUGGAAGUUCAAUAAGACGGGCUAUUUAGAGCAAAGUAAAGAGAUUGCCCAGUACAUUGACGUGCCCCGUAACUUUACUCUGACCAAGAGCAGCGUCCGUGUGGGUCAGCUGAUGCACUACGACUACUCCAGUCAUAAAUACGUCUUCUCUAUUGGCGAGAACUUCCGUUCCCUCUUGCCUGACUCGUCGCCCAUCCUUAACAAGCGCUACAACACGUGCGCUGUAGUGGGAAACAGCGGGAUCCUGACAGGUAGCCGAUGCGGCGCCGCCAUCGACGCCUACGACUUCGUCUUCCGCUGCAACUUCGCACCCACCGAGGUCUUCCGCAGGGACGUAGGCCGUCGCACAAACCUCACGACCUUCAAUCCCAGCAUCCUGGAGAAGUACUAUAACAACCUUCUCACCAUCCAAGACCGAAACAACUUCUUCCUGAGCUUGAAAAAGCUGGACGGAGCCAUCUUGUGGAUUCCAGCCUUUUUCUUCCACACCUCAGCCACGGUCACCCGCACGCUGGUGGACUUCUUUGUGGAGCACCGGGGUCAGCUCCGGGUUCAACUAGCCUGGCCUGGGAACAUCAUGCAGUAUGUGAACAGGUACUGGAAGACGAAGCAGCUCUCCCCGAAACGCCUAAGCACAGGGAUCCUGAUGUUCACUCUGGCCUCGUCUCUGUGUGAGCAGAUUCACCUGUAUGGCUUCUGGCCUUUCGGCUGGGACCCGAACACAGGCAAGGAGCUGCCCUACCACUACUAUGACAAAAAAGGCACCAAGUUCACUACCAAGUGGCAGGAGUCGCACCAGCUACCUACUGAGUUCAAGCUCCUGUUCAAGAUGCACACAGAGGGCAUCCUCAAGCUGAGUCUCUCCCACUGCGCAUAGAGGUCCAAUCCCAAAGGUCGGAAAAGGGUCACAGGCCGGGAUUUGAUUUGGUGAUUUGGAAUGUGGAGCAGUUUUUUCGGGGGAUAUUGAGAUAAUAUUGAAAUAAUGAUAUACGCUAGCCUUGAUGAUGUCAAGUGCCAAUCAGUCAAGUUUAGGCUUAUUUUAUGACAAAAUCUUUUAAAAUACCGACUGUACGAAAGGUACAUCAGCCAUACUCGCUGUUAGAGAACACAGAUCUGAUCACGUGUUUGUUUAUUUCUACUGGACUUUGACCAGCAACCAAAUAAACCAAGACCACGUGUCCGAACUGAUUCCAAGCAGCGCUACGAAAGAGACAUUGUUUGCUUCAAAGGCUAAUAUAAUUAAUAAAAUGACGCCCUCAUGUAAUAGCAUUCUGUAUAUUUAGGUAAAAAGUGAGUGAACACAUUCAGAGAAACGCUUCAAGAUCGAGUGCCGUUAAAUUGGGAUUACAAACACGAUCAUGAUUAACAUGAUUGAUUUGUGUGCUUGCGUUUUUUUUUUUUUUACGAAUGUAAAAACGAAUGUAAACAUAUACCACAUAAUCAUAUAAAUAAUUACAUAACAUCUAGAUACACGUCAUCCGUACAACACGUGUGCGUUAGCUU